GCUGUGCCUCUGGGGAACCAAGAGUGGCUGUCGCCCGCCCGCCACUCUGCCUGUCAAGCUCAGCCCACCCCCAGGGCCGGGAGGGGACGCGGAGGCGGGGUGGGCUGAGCCCCGCUGGAACCCAGCCGUCCGGGGCCCUCGCUGUGGCUGCGCGGAGAUCCUGCGUCUGCUGCCGGGAAGCGAGCGCCGCGGGGAGGCUCGGGGUCCUGCCCUAAGAAAGAGGCGCCAGAGGGGCGCUCGAUGCGGGCUCCUGCAGCCAGACAGGAAUCUGCCCAUGACUAGCCCAGGAGGCGCCUCUCCCAAGGACGCUCCGAGAACCCGGGGUGAGGUGGGGGGCGCCCCUUCCCUGGGUACCUGAUCUGGGAUUUCUCUCCCAAAUCUGCUCCGGAGAUUUUCAUGCAUCAGGAGGGGAACACUUUAGGCUGGCUGGACUCCCCGAGAGAGCUCCAGCGGUUUGGGAGAGGCGAAGGCAAAGCCAGGGCGUUUUGGAGAGAGGUUGUGACGCCAGGGGCUUGGAGGAGAAAUACGCGUAUUUUAGGCUGUGUCUCCAGGGAAGAGGCAGCAGCUCUGAAGAGUAACAUUGACCAGGAAGAGGCCUCAGAUCUUGAGUUCAUGACUUAGAAUAUGCUAAGAAGCCGACGCUUUCCUGGGGGAGCCUAGGGACUGGCCGGUGCCUAGGACUGUGACCUGGAGCAGGGAGCCCAGACGACAGCAAGCAAGAGGGUCCUUUCAGCAGCAUGGCUUGGAUUGCUACAGGCAAGCUCCCGGUGGAACAGCACUGUCCUUUGGUCCGGGCAGCAUCUGGGGCUGGACAAGGGGCCGGGUGGUGAGCGAUUGGGGGAGUCAGGUGGGGCCACCGGAAAGUGCUCUUCUGGAAGAUGGCUCCCAACACGUCCACCAUGGAUGGGGCCGGGCUGGCAGUGGAGAGGGACUUUUCCUUUCGGAUCCUCACCGCGUGCUUUCUGUCGCUGCUCAUCCUGUCCACUCUGCUGGGGAACACCCUCGUCUGCGCCGCCGUCAUCAGGUUUCGGCACCUGCGCUCCAAGGUGACCAACUUCUUCGUCAUCUCUUUAGCCGUGUCGGAUCUCCUGGUGGCUGUCCUGGUCAUGCCCUGGAAGGCGGUGGCUGAGAUUGCAGGCUUUUGGCCCUUUGGGUCCUUCUGUAACAUCUGGGUGGCUUUUGACAUCAUGUGCUCCACGGCAUCCAUCCUCAACCUCUGUGUGAUCAGCGUGGACAGGUACUGGGCUAUUUCCAGCCCCUUCCAGUACGAGCGGAAGAUGACUCCCAAGGCGGCCUUCAUCCUGAUAAGCGUAGCGUGGACUCUGUCCGUCCUCAUCUCCUUCAUCCCAGUGCAGCUAAGCUGGCACAAGGCAAAACCAACAUGGCCCUUGGAUGGCAAUUUCACCUCCCUGGAAGACACCGAGGAUGACAACUGUGACACCAGGUUGAGCAGGACGUAUGCCAUUUCGUCCUCCCUGAUAAGCUUUUACAUCCCGGUAGCCAUCAUGCUUGUCACCUACACCAGUAUCUACAGGAUCGCCCAGAAACAGAUCCGGCGCAUCGCAGCCCUGGAGAGGGCAGCUGUCCACGCCAAGAACUGCCAGACCACCACAGGCAAUGGGAACCCUGUUGAGUGUUCUCAGUCGGAAAGCUCCUUUAAGAUGUCCUUCAAGAGAGAGACUAAAGUGUUGAAGACGCUUUCUGUGAUCAUGGGGGUGUUCGUGUGCUGCUGGCUGCCUUUCUUCAUCUCCAACUGCAUGGUACCCUUCUGUGAGUCUGGGGAGACCCAGCCUUUCUGCAUCGACUCCAUCACUUUUGACGUGUUUGUGUGGUUUGGGUGGGCCAAUUCCUCCUUGAACCCCAUUAUCUAUGCCUUUAAUGCUGAUUUUCAAAAGGCGUUUUCAACCCUCUUAGGAUGCUACAGACUCUGUCCCACCACGAAUAAUGCCAUAGAGACGGUGAGCAUCAACAACAACGGAGCCGUGUUUUCUAGCCACCACGAGCCGAGAGGCUCCAUCUCCAAGGACUGCAAUCUGGUUUACCUGAUCCCCCACGCCGUGGGCUCCUCCGAGGACCUGAAAAAGGAGGAGGCGGGUGGCAUAGCUAAACCCCUGGAAAAGCUGUCCCCGGCCCUCUCGGUCAUCUUGGACUACGACACCGACGUCUCUCUAGAGAAGAUCCAACCAGUUGCACACAGCGGGCAGCACUCGACCUGAACUCGGGGUUCUUGUCUCUGAAGCUGGGCGCUCCAUAGGGCUUGCUAUUAAGGAAUUCAGCUCUGGUGGGUCUCCGAGGUACCAUGAGGCUUCUCUGCUGCUUUUGAACGAUUACAGAGCUUUUCAGAUGCAUUCAUCCCAGUGUGUUUUUUCUUUACUCAUAGUCCGAUGGGGACAUGAGAAGAGCCACAAGGGAAAUGACUUUGGCUCUGAAAUAAUUUGUGAAAUGUUAUCUUAGGACACGUUAUAAAAAACAGGGCAAAGAGUCAACAGUAAACUUCACUUAAAAAUCAAAACUUUCCAGGAAGGAAGUGAGAGAGUUGAAUUUGCUGUAUCUAAACAGGUGCUAAAACUGUCCAAGCAGUUUUCAGAUUGUAAAGGUAGGUGCAUGCCUUCAUUAAUUACUUCUACAACAAUAAUCGAGCCUUACAGCAAGAGUAGAAUUUCUUUUUCUCAAAAUUGACAGAUGCAUUGUUGCUAAUGGUUUCAUUAUUUAUUUAUUUAUUAUUUAUUUAUUUAUUGCAUUUUAUGGAUAUUUUAAAUUUAUCAUAGUGAAUCUAUAUUUAUCAUAUUUAAUAGAACAAACCAAUGUUAUAAAAGACUGAACUGUCCAUUGUACUAGCACUUUAUGAGCCAAUGAAACAAACACACAGACUCUGAGAUCCUGAAUUCUGAAUUACUUCUAGAAACACAGAAAAGGCUGAUGUGGUGGCUCUGUCACUCAACGUGAACACAAAUAAAUACAAGAAGAGGGGUGACUAAUGCCAUCAAUGGUCCCCCUACAUAGAUUUUGAAAAUAUCUUUCUUUUUUUUUCUUUUUCUUUUUUUUUUUUAAAGAAGAAGAAGAAGCUACUAUUGUGUUUUGAAUGUUUUAAAUGGCAAAGGCUUUCCUGGGGUGAAUUUGCACUUCUGUAAAUAUCCAUGUAAAAGCCAGCUCAAGAAGAAUACAACUUUAUAUUUCUGUUUUUGGAUGGCAAGGAAGAGCAUAUGCCACUUUGUAUUUAUGUAAAAUAAUUGGCCCUCCCUGUCGUUUCUCAUUUCAUGCUUGAGAUAGCUUUCUGAAGCAGACAAAAGGCUGUCCAGGAUGGAGGUCUGCAGCGGGAGAAAGAGCUGUGAAUUCUCGGGUCGCAGCAGCCCUGUGAUCCUUGCGCUCGUUCCUGGCUCUCACCUGCCCAGGUCUAGCCAGGUGUCUCAAGGGGCUACUUUCGUAGUGCUUUAGUUUGAGUUUAGCACCCUACUUAAAAAAAUAAAAGCUCUCUAACGUUAGUGCUAAACUAGCUAAUGGAUGGUGCCUCUUCGACUGCUGGUGGGAUGCGUGGAAAGGCCUCUUUCCCGUGCGUGUUGAGCACCUCAAAGCUGUCCGCAUCACCUGUCACAAAUGCUAUUCUUUUUUCCUCUGUGGUUUUGAAUUUAGUUUCCACGUCAUAGCCUGGACUGCAAAAAGUACCAUCAAGUCCCCUCCUGUGGGGAAUUGCAACAGUUUUCUUUUCUUUUCUUUUUUUUUGAAAUGUUUACAAAGUAUUCUUGAGAAGCAGCAGGCAACAUGUGGCUGGGACCGAGGAGAAGCUGAGUAGCCUGCUGGCCGCAGCUCCUGCACUCGGUCUGUGUUAUGUGCUCUGAAUGUUUUCUCAGCUCUGCCGCUUGUAUGCUUUCUUACAUACAAUAAAAUUAUUUUGUGAAUUCAAACUAA